AUCAUCUUAUCCGUAGCACUACAUAAGAAAAAAUUGGAUUUCUAUCUGUGUAGGUUGAGCUAUGGCUAUGGCAGCCACAUGCUUAAACAUAACACCCUCUCCUCCCUCUUGGAUUACUAACAACACCAGCCCGAACACCGGAGUCACAAUUUCACUUAAACGAUUCGUUUUCAGUUCCCUUCCAUUUUCUUCCUUGCAUCGCCGGCUCAGGUACUCGAAGAACAGAGCCGGGGUUUUGACGGCGUUGGCCGUAGUGGAACAGGAACAGGCGGUGAGUUCAGUGGCUGAGGAAGAAGAACAAGGUGUGGACGAUAAUGGGUAUGAAGAGCAGUAUGAGCACGAGAGACACAGCGCCGAUGUUUCAGGUGAGGAGGGAUUGGAUAUGGAGAAGCAGAAUCGGCAGCCAAGACCGUGUGAGUUGUACGUGUGCAAUCUUCCCAGAAGCUCUGACAUUGAGGACUUGAUGGAGAUGUUUAAGCCACACGGGACUGUUUUCUCCGUCGAGAUUUCCCGGAGUCCGGAGACCGGUUUAAGCAGAGGCUGUGGUUACAUUACAAUGGGCUCUAUAGACUCUGCUAAAGCCGCCAUUGCUGCAUUGGAUGGGAUUGAUGUUGCAGGGAGGGAGAUGCGGGUUAGGUUUUCGGUUCAUAUGAGUCCGAGGACUAGGAACUCCGUGGCGUUGAAUUCGGCACCGGUGAAGAACUUGGUGUACGAAAGCCCUUAUAAGCUCUAUGUUGGUAACCUGGCCUGGGCUGUCCAGCCUCAUGCUUUGAGGAGCCAUUUCAGCAAGUUUGGGACUCUGGCUAGUGCAAGAGUGUUGCAUGAUCGAAAAGCUGGGAAGAACCGGGCUUAUGGGUUUAUCUCAUUCUCUUCGGCUGCAGAGCGUGAUAAAGCGACCACUUUGGAUGGAACGGAGUUUUUUGGUCGGAGGAUAAUAGUUAGAGGACUUAAAGAAAGGGCUUAGUCUUGAAGCUGUAAACAAGGUUCAUCUAUCAGAACAAGGGGCCAUUCAUAAUGCCUGCCAGAUUCUAAAUUGUGCACUUUGGCAUUAUAAUUUGCCUAAUUGGUGGAGUUUCGGAGUAAUAUGACUUGACUUCCAACAUGGGCAACACUGCUGAGAUUUUCCAUAGAUAUGUUGUGUAACUUUUUUAGUAGCUAUGUUGGUGAUUGUGAAGAAAUGUGUACCUCAUGUACCCCUUUAAACUCUUCUGUACUCUGUCUUACUUGUAAGAUCAAAUAUGGACAUAACACAUAUCAUCAUAAAGUAAUUGAUGAUUAGCUUAAUAUCAA